UUUGUCAUUUAAGUAUUUAGUUACUAAAGAAAUACAGUCCUGUUGUUAGCACUGAAAAUGUAUUUGUGCAAGUAUUUUAUUUUGAAGGGAACCUUCAGGAAAUGCACUUUUCUUCGCUGAUUGUGUUGUACUUGACGAGAGAAAAAAGAGACGUUGAAAGGUUUAGAUGUUGCUCAAAUUCUGAAAUGAGCAUUAAAUGUUCAAGAUAAAGACGCUGUCGUCCGUCAUCAUUUUAGAAGCCUUUAUUCCACUUCAGUUUUUGGUGCCGAAAAUCCGGGAAGUGUAAGACUACACUAAAUUUCAGAAUUGAGUGAAGUGCUAACUGCUAUUGCUAGCAGCCAAGAUGACGGACCGGCUCGAGCGGAUGAAGAAGAAACGUGCUACAAUACGGACCUCGGUGACAAAGCUGUUAUCCCGCCUGGAGAGUGAGGUGGGCAAGGAGACACCAGAUAAUGACAAGCUACGUGAGUUUCUGACACUUUUGAUCUCCAAGGAGGAAAGUUUAAUAGAUUUGGGUAAGGGCAUAGAAGAGGAGACACCUACAGAUGCACUGGAGAAGGAGAUUUCAAACACACAGGAUUAUAUGGACCGCCUUCUGACAUGGAAGUUUCGCGCUACUGGAAUAAUUGAAAGGUCACGUGAGUCCACAAGAGCGCGAGUCAGUGAUGCGGGUUCUGGUUCAUUUGCAUCACAGUCAAGACAAACUGUUAAACUUCCCAAGUUACUGAUAACCCAGUACAAUGGUGAAAUAAGUCAGUGGCAACAAUUUUGGUCUCAGUACGAAGUAGCUAUUCACAAAAAUGAUGGAUUAUGUAAAACAGACAAGUUCACAUACUUGAGAUCCUACCUAACUGGAGCAGCUGCACGGACUAUUGCAGGACUCACCAUGACAGAUGACAACUAUGAUGAUGCAACUGAAUUACUCCAGAGUCGAUUUGGGAGAAAGGACAUUGUGAUAAGUGCUCAUAUGUCCAAAUUAUUAAACCUGACACCAGUAAAGAAAUCAUCUGAUGUGGCAUCUUUGAGACACCUGUAUGAUGAGUGUGAGAUUCAGAUUCGUAGCUUGGAAUCCUUGGGGGUGCACAGUGACACCUAUGGCUGCCUGCUAUGUCCAGUGCUGCUGCAGCUCAUCCCAGAGGAUAUAGCCUUAGCCUACACCAGGCGAUCAGACUCCAACAGCGAAUGGAAGGUUCCAGAGCUUAUCGAGUUUCUGCAGAAUGAGGUGCAAAGCAGAGAAAGGGCGCUACAACUAACCAGACCUGGACAUGAUGUUAAGGAUGCUACCCCAAAGCAGGGCGGUAAACCAUUCUAUGGUUCUGAUGUUAAACCUAGAAGGUGGAGCACCCCAUCAGCUACUGCCUUGCACACAGCAAACACUGUGCCCCAGACCUGCGUGUUUUGUGACAGCAGUAACCACAAGCCUGAAAAUUGCCCAGAACAUUCAGUAAGUGCACGUAAAGAAAAGCUGAGAAAACUUGGAAGAUGUUAUGUGUGUUUAGGUCCAAAACACAUAGCAAAGUUUUGCAGAACAAAAAUUUCAUGUGGUUUAUGUAGACGUAGACACCAUCAGUCAGUGUGUGAGCAAUCUGAAGUGAAGCCUGAGGUCGACAACGGCAAUAAUAGUGUACAUACAGAUGCUGUGUUAUCUUCAGUAACAAGUCCUGCGCAAUCAAGGAUAAAAACUCAGAACACCGUACUGCUUCAGACCGUCAAAGCAUGGGCAGCGGGCCCCAAAGACCGAAAAAUAUCUCGCUGUCUUUUGGAUGGAGGCAGCCAGCGAAGCUUCAUUCACAAGGAUGUUGCUAGGGCCCUUGGACUACCAGUUAUCAGACAAGAGAUGCUAACUCUCCAUGUUUUUGGAUCCACUACUCCUGUGACAGAGAAGCGCAACAUUGUGAGAGUUGAGCUGGAGAACAUGUGGGACAGUCAGCAAAAAUUGGAGAUUGAAGCAAUAGAGACCCCCCAGGUAUGCGCAGCUGUGAUUAAAGUUCCAAGUGGACCGAUUCAAGCAGAGCUGAAAAGAAGGGAGCUGCAGCUCGCAGACUGUCCACUAGAAGGUGCUAAUGAUGCAGAGCUGCAAGUUUCAAUAGGAGCUGACUGCUACUGGCAAGCUGUUUCUGGUAAUGUUCAAAGAGUCACAAAGACAUUAGUAGCUGUUGAAAGCAUUUUUGGAUGGACUCUCCAGGGUCCAGUGAUGAGCUCCAGUGUAACAGAUACCACUUGUAUGCACAUUAACUUAUCUGAAGACACUCAGAUUUCAAACCAACUUCAUGCAUUCUGGGAAGUGGAGUCAUUGGGCAUAGUUAAAGACACAGCAGAGAGCACAGAAAACUUAGAGGUUUUGCAAAGUUUCGAGCAGACAACAACCUUCAAAAAUGGACGCUACCAAGUUGAGUUACCGUGGCGACCUGACAGAACUCAACUCUCAGACAACUUAAAGGUGGCCAAAAGACGUCUUGAAAGCCUAAAGAAAAAACUGAGAAUUGAUGCCGCUUUGUAUACCAGUUACAACGAUGUGAUACAAGACUACCUGCAGCAAGGGAUUUGUGAGGAUCUGUCAGAGGACACAUGGUCGACAGGCAACUCAGUCAAAUAUUACAUGCCACACCAUGCUGUUGUGCGAGAAGACAAGGCAACAUCCAAACUCAGAGUGGUUUUUGAUGCAUCAUCACAUGAGGAAAAUUCCCCAUCCCUAAAUGACUGUCUGUACACUGGGCCCAAUUUGAACCCAAAUCUGCUGGAUGUGCUGAUUAAAUUCAGAUUGCAUGAGAUAGCCUUUACUGCAGACAUCACAAAGGCUUUUUUGCAGAUAUCCCUGACGGAUAAAGACAAGGAUGCAGUUCGAUUCCUGUGGCUCCAUGGACCCCCAACCAAAGACUGCGAGGAUGAGGUGCAUAUUCUUAGAAUGAACAGAGUUGUAUUUGGAGUGUCUCCUAGCCCAUUCCUGCUUGCCGCCACAAUCCGAAAGCAUCUCAAACAAUAUGAAACCAAGCAGACAAAAACAGUGCAGACACUGAGAGACUCCUUAUACGUUGAUGACUUUAUUGCCAGUGUAUCAAAUGUGCAAGAAGCCCAUUGUGUGACAACAGAAGCAAAAGACAUUCUGUCCCAAGCCGGGAUGAACUUGUGCAAGUGGGUUACAAACUCCCCUGAGCUCAGAGCCUUGUGGAAGGAGAAUGGACUAGAGCAUGGUGUGGAAAGUGAGUUAAGUGGAAAUGUACUCAAGGUCCUAGGACUAGUCUGGAGAUCUGGAACUGAUGACUUUGUGUUUGAUCAAAGAGGACUUAUGGACAUUGUAAAGGGGAAGGAAAACACAAAACGAGGUGUUUUGCAGACGUCAUCUCGCAUAUUUGACCCCAUUGGCUUUCUCACACCAUUUACCAUCAGAGCCAAGUGCCUUUUCCAAGAGAUGUGGGAAAGUGGGCUUAAAUGGGAUGAACAACUACCCCCUAAGUUAAAGGAGAAAUGGGAACAGUGGUGUGCUGAGUUACCACUGCUCCACCUAGUGGCCAUUCCUAGGUGGCAUCACAUUGAGCAUCCAGAUUCACAGAACGUAAGCUUACAGGUUUACUGCGAUGCAAGUGAAAAGGCUUACAGUGCUGUGGCCUAUCUGAAAGGAAAAAACAGAGAAGGAGAGACCGUGACAAGUUUUGUUGCUUCCAAGUCACGAGUUGCACCAUUAAAAAAAAUGACUUUGCCUCGUUUAGAACUUAUGGGUGCACUUAUUGGAGCCAGAUUGGGACACAGUCUUCUAAAGGCAUUUGAUCUGGAAAGAAAUCAGCAUCACAUGUGGACGGACUCGAUGAUCACGCUUCACUGGAUUCAUAGCUCUGCUCAGCGGUGGAAACCAUUCGUGGCCAACAGAGUGACUGAGAUACAAGAGCUCACAAAUCCAGAGCUGUGGUCCCAUUGUAUGGGCAAAACCAACCCUGCAGACCUACCGACAAGAGGCCAGCAUGUCCAGAGCCUCAUUGACAGUCAGCUGUGGUGGAGUGGACCUAAAUCAUUGCCAGCAGCUGAUGAAAGAGAACAGGUGGAUGAGAACUAUGUGUCAUCUGAGGUGAACUGUGAACUUAAAACUAAGCACCAGGUUGUAGUGCAACUGACACAUGCUGAGCAGGUUGAACCACUGUUUGACAUUGAAAAAUACAGUAGACUUAGGACAGUGUUAAGAGUAACUGCAUGGGUUAAAAGAUUUGUGACAAACACACGAUCCAGUCAGAAACUGAAAGGAGAGUUGACCGCGGAGGAGAUCAGGGCUGCCGAAAGGUACUGGGUGAAGCAGACACAGGAGAGUAGCUUUAGCUCAGAAAUCCUACAGUUACAGCUGAAACAGAAUGUGAAGAGAGACUCUAAGAUUAAGGAUUUGAAACCAUUUUUGGAUGAAGAUGGACUGAUAUGUGUUGGAGGGAGACUUCAGAACUCUGAUCUUAGUUUCAGAGAGCAGCACCCCUGGGUGCUACCAAGCAGUCAUAAAUACUCUGAGCUAUUGGUUCGUUCUUGUCAUGAAAGGGUGAUGCAUUCUGGUGUUAGAGACACUUUAAUCCAAGUGAGGGAGCAAUACUGGAUCUUGAGAGGGAGACAGUUUGUUAAACGCAUUGUUUCUGGAUGUUUUAUUAGCAGGAAGCUAAAGGUUAAAGCGGCGCAGCAGAUUACUGCUCCUUUACCUCAGGAUAGAGUAACAGAAUCAGCUGCAUUUGAAGUUACUGGGGUGGAUUUUGCGGGACCCUUGUAUGUUAAAACUAAGAGUCAACCGACAAAGGCUUACAUUGUAUUGUUCACUUGUGCUGUAACAAGGGCAGUACACUUGGAGUUGGUAUCAGAUCAGACCACUGAAAACUUCUUGUUAGCCCUAAAAAGAUUUAUUGCUAGAAGAGGGCUAUGUAGGAUCAUGUAUUCUGACAAUGCUAAAACAUUUAAAAGGGCAGAUAAGGACUUGAAGGAGAUGUGGCAGGUGAUUAAAGACUCAGAACUCACUAAGUUCUUUACCGAGAAAGGAAUCACCUGGAAGUUCAUUGCUGAGCGGGCAGCUUGGUGGGGGGGCUUCUGGGAGAGGCUUGUGAGAUCUGUAAAAACAUGUUUGAAAAGAGUGCUGGGGAGGGCCUCAUUGAACUUUGAGGAACUAACAACUGUGCUGACAGAGGUUGAAGCAGUGUUGAGCUCUAGACCAUUGUCUUAUGUAUAUAAUGAUGUUCUAGAACCUCAGCCACUAACCCCUUCUCAUUUCCUGGUUGGAAACCGACUAACUUCUCUACCACCAAAGAAUCUGUCUUCCCAGCCUCACACCCCCAUUGUCAACAAAGAGGAGCUGGGACGACCGCCAGAGACUUUUGAAUGGCUUUUGGAAGCGCUGGCGCAGAGACUAUUUGAUGGACUUAAGAUCAGCCCACACAUCUGAGACCACAACACCCACUACAGUAAAGGUGGGAGAUGUUGUUCUAAUAGGAGAGGACAACACACCCAGACAGACCUGGAAAAUGGGUAGAAUAACAGAGGUUUUUCCAGGCAGAGAUGGACUGAUUCGUUCCUGUAAGGUUUGCAGUUCUACAGGUACCAUUUUGAGAAGACCUGUACAGUUACUAUAUCCCUUAGAGGUAUGUUAAGGACGGCUAACUGUUGAUGAACAUCUGUUCAUCGGGCGGGAGUGUGUUGUGACUUAUUUGUCAUUUAAGUAUUUAGUUACUAAAGAAAUACAGUCCUGUUGUUAGCACUGAAAAUGUAUUUGUGCAAGUAUUUUAUUUUGAAGGGAACCUUCAGGAAACGCACUUUUCUUCGCUGAUUGUGUUGUACUUGACGAGAGGAAAAAGAGACGUUGAAAGGUUUGGAUGUUGCUCAAAUUCUGAAAUGAGCAUUAAAUGUUCAAGAUAAAGACGCUGUCGUCCGUCAUCAUUUUAGAAGCCUUUAUUCCACUUCAAUGAUUGUUGUUCAAAUUUCAUUGGAUGUUUCUACUCUUUAUCUUGCUCUUCCUCUUCAUCCUCCUCUUUCUCUUUCUCGCCCUCCUCCUCAUCCCCCACCUCGCAUACACACCCACCCUUGACCUCUCACAUGAAUUCUUCUAUCCAUUGUCACACGUUCUCAUUCCCACCUUCAACAACCUGUU